CCCACUCCAGCCCAGAUAACACCAUGACCGGCUCCUGCUGUGGAUCCUUCUCCUCCCAGAGCUGUGGAGGCUGCUGCCAGCCCUGCUGCUGCAGAGACCCCUGCUGCUGCCGCCCAGUGUCCUGCCAGACCACAGUGUGCCGCCCUGUGACCUGUGUGCCACACUGCACUAGGCCCAUCUGUGAGCCCUGCCGCCGCCCCAUCUGCUGUGACCCCUGCAGCCUGCAGCAGGGCUGCUGUCGCCCCAUCACCUGCUGCCCCACCUCCUGCACAGCUGUGGUCUGCAGACCCUGCUGCUGGGCCUCCACCUGCUGCCAGCCCAUCUCUGUGCAGGCUCCCUGCUGCAGGCCCCCCUGCUGCCAGCCUGCUCCCUGCCGCACCACCUGCAGGACCUCCCCCUGCAACACCUGCUGCUGAGCCAAUUAACCUUAACACUAAGGGUCCCUGGGAGAUGGCCAGGUUCGUGCUGCUGCCACUCAGGACAUUAAAAAAAGUUGUUUUUUCUUGACAAUAUGUUCUUCUAAUUAAUUCAACUCAUACAUGAAAGAUACCUUUGGGGACCCUCUUCUGAUGAAGAACACUGCAUCCUCUUAGGACUGUGAUCUAAUCCUUACAUCAUUCUGUCUGUUUUCUAAUAAACUCAACAUUCUCAGCAUAGAAA